CCACGAGAUGCCCACAAAACAACGUGUUCGAAUCACAGCACAAUCAAAGUUUUUAUUUUGAAUAGUAUAAGGCUACCCUUUUCAGUCUAUUUGCGGAGUACAUGUUUCCACUCUCUUCUUCUUGGACAAUUUUUUUUUAUGCAGCAGAACCACACACACAUUAACACACACACUCUGCGUGUGUUCUCUGUAUUUCCAAAUUGUGAUAAUUUUCUCUCUCCCCCUUUCUUUCUCUCUCCUCUGCACGCCUCAACACCGAGAUUCCAACCCUGUUUUCCAAAAACAAGAAAACAAUAUAGACACAGGCCUAUCGAAGCUCAAAUUAUCAUUUUAAAGAAAAUAAAAAAGUAGAAAAAAGCUACAUAUAUAAUAGGAAAACAAUUUUUUCUUCUUUUAUCCUCUGUUCUCAUUAUUUCCAUUCCCUAAAACGCCAUGGAUUUUCUCUCUCUCUUCCUCUUUCUGUCCUUUCUACUGGCAGCACUCUCCUCCGCGGACCCGUUUUCCGAGCUAACCUCUUUACUGGACUUAAAAUCGGGUCUUGACCCGGAAAACCGGCAUUUGAGCUCAUGGGUCGGGUCGGGCAACCCAUGUGGAGGCACGUUUGAGGGGGUGGCUUGCAACGAAAAAGGGCAGGUGGCUAACAUCUCGCUGCAGGGAAAAGGGCUCGUCGGAAAACUCUCACCGGCGGUCGGCCAACUGAGGCAUCUCACGGGGCUGUACCUGCAUUACAAUUCUCUGUAUGGAGAAAUACCUGUAGAGAUUGCUAACUUGACCGAGCUGAGUGAUCUUUACUUGAAUGUCAAUAAUUUUUCCGGCGAGAUACCGCCUGAGCUUGGGGGCAUGCAGAGCUUGCAAGUUCUGCAGCUGUGUUAUAACCAGCUGACCGGGAGUAUACCUACACAGCUCGGUCAUCUGAAUAAGCUCAACGUGCUAGCUCUUCAGUCAAAUCUGUUAACCGGUGCCAUCCCAGCUAGCUUGGGGAGCUUGGGAGUCCUAAUGAGGUUGGAUCUGAGUUUUAACCGCCUUUUCGGGUCCAUCCCCACAAAACUAGCCGAUGCCCCAUUGCUCGAAAUCCUCGAUGUUCGAAAUAACAGUCUCUCAGGCAACGUCCCGCUUGCUCUGAAGAGAUUAGUGGACGGAUUUCGCUACGAGAACAACCUAGGAUUAUGCGGGUCGGGCUUCUCCUUUCUAAAAAGCUGUAGCGAAUCUGACCGGUCCAAUUCAGUGGGGCCCGACCCGUACCCGGGAGGAGGAUCCAAGAACAUACCCGAAACGGCCAACCUCGACCUGAACUGCACCACCCGAAGCCCCUGCUCGAAAACGACCCGAACCUCGCGGGCCCCACUGACAGCUGGACUAGUAGUCCUAGUUGCCGUCAUAGUCUCCACCUUAGGCAUUGCAUCCAUCGUGUAUUACCGGAGGCGCCAGCAGAAGCUCGGAAGUAGCUCGCUCGACGUCCCGGACAGCAGCCGCCACCUCAGCAGCAACGAUGACUGCCGGAAAAACGGGUCGCCACUCGUCAGCCUUGAGUACACGAGCGGGUGGGACCCGCUGGCCGAGGGGCGGCGCUUUGGUGGAGGGGUUUCUCAGGAUGCCAUGCGGGACUUCAGGCUGAACCUUCAGGAAGUGGAGUCGGCUACUCAGUAUUUUGCUGGGAAGAAUAUGUUGGGGAGGAGUAAUUAUGCGGUGACGUAUAAGGGGAUGCUGAGGGAUGGUUCGGCUGUGGCUGUGAAGAGGGUGGCGAAGAGCAGCUGCAGGGCUGAGGAAGCUGAGUUCCUGAAGGGGUUGACUGUGUUGACCUCGUUGGGGCACGAGAAUGUGGUUGUGCUGAGAGGGUUCUGCUGCUCGAGGGGGCGUGGAGAGUGUUUCCUGGUUUAUGAUUAUCUUUCGAAUGGGAGUUUGUCGGAGUAUUUGGAUCUUGAGGAGGGUGAUGGACGGGUUCUUGAGUGGUCGGUUAGAGUUUCUAUAAUCAAAGGUGUUGCUAAAGGCAUCGAGUACCUGCAUGGGCACAGGCCGAACAAGCCUCCUCUCGUCCACCAAAACAUAUCCGCAAGGAACGUUCUCCUCAACCAGAAAUGGGCCCCAUCCUUGUCUGACUCGUGCCUCCACAAGCUCCUCACAAACGACACAGUCUUCUCAUCCCUCAAGGCCAGUGCUGCCAUGGGCUACCUUGCCCCCGAAUACACCACAACUGGCCGGUUCACAGACAAGAGUGAUGUCUACGCGUUCGGGGCCCUCGUUUUCCAAGUCCUCUCCGGGAAGCGCAAGUACUCCCCUGCAAUGCGGGCCCAUGCUGAAUCGUGCACCCUCGGGCUCAUGGACCCGAACCUCGCCGGGAGGUUCUGCGAGCGCGAGGCUCGGAUAAUCGUCAAAGUUGCUGUGAUGUGUACGCACGAGCAUCCGGAGGAGAGGCCGUCGAUGGGGACAGUUGUGGGGGAGCUCGACGGGUGAGAAAAAAAAGGUUGCGAUUUUUCGUUUGUUUGGGAGUAGGUGUAGGGGUUUAAGGUAGAUGGAUGGUAGAUGAUUAGGACUUUGUAGGUGUGUAUCUUUGUAGGAUGGUGUUUGUUUUUUAUGGAGGGGAUUUCUACUCUUUGAUUGAACCCUCUUUUGUAUCUUUAAGUUAAGAUUUGAUUGGAUGAGGCGGCGGCGGCGGCUCGUGGCUUCUGUUUAAUCGAUUGGAUAUUUUAUGUUGUUAUUUUUUAUCGACACGAUUUUCGGAUCAUGAUUACUGAUUGGAGGCUAUUAGUGAUGAGUGAUUGACUGAUGAUGACAGCUAUGGUUGUGAAUAAUGUAUUGAUCAUGCGGUGAAAACAUAUCUUGCUUGAUUAGAACGAACAAACGUUGGUGAUUUUUACACGUUUGAAGGAAGUUGAAAUUGUGAUGUUUUUGACUGCCAAGUGAAAGAGAUGAUGAAAUUGUGAUGUUGACUGCCAAGUGAAAGAGAUGAUAAAGUGU